UUGUUGCUACUGUAGUUUGGAGUCGCCAAGACUCGGAACUGAUUAUACUGUCGUACACACACCGGACUUAAACAUUUUUAAAAAGAAAUUACAUUUCCAUUCCAACGCCUGAUGUAAAUUUGUUUAUAUCUCUAUAUAUUUUUUUUUAAAAGACAAAACAAGAUGGAACUUAAUUCGCUUCUAAUUCUGCUGGAGGCUGCAGAGUACUUGGAAAGAAGAGACAGAGAGGCAGAGCACGGCUAUGCCUCGGUUUUGCCCUUCAGUAGCGACUUCUCCAGGAAGAAGACGAAAAGCUCGCCGAUAAACAGAAAAAGUCCGAACAAUAGAUCGUCGCACAAUGAGCUGGAGAAACACAGACGCGCCAAACUACGACUGUACUUGGAGCAGCUGAAGAAGCUGGUGCCUUUGGGUCCAGACAGCACCAGACAUACCACAUUAAGCUUGCUGAAAAGGGCCAAGAUGCAUAUUAAGAAGCUAGAAGAGCAAGACAGGAAGGCUUUAAAUAUGAAGGAGCAGCUGCAGAGAGAGCACCGCUACCUCAAACGCCGCCUAGAGCAGCUCUCAGUGUCAGGAUCUGUGGAGCGCAUCCGCACUGACAGCAUGGGCUCCACCAUAUCCACCGACUCUGAGCAAGAGGUGGACAUCGAGGGUAUGGAGUUCACCCCUGUCGAAGUCGACAGCGUGGGGAGCAUCAGCGAUCCUGAGGAAGAGGAGGUGGAGGACGAGGAGGAGGAAGACCACUACAGCCUCCAAAGCAGCUCCAGCGACACCAGCUACACAGCCCCACAUUCCCACAGACUGCAGCCCCACCACAGUUAGACUCCCGUGGCCAGAUGAUAUUGCUUCUUCAAUCCACACACCCCUCAUCCUCCAGACCACCAACACCGUGACUGUGUGCACGUAUGGCCCACAUCAGAGCAGUCCAGAAAGGCAGUAAAUUAUGAAUGCCACUCAAGCCUUCCAACACCCCUUACUCCCUGACCCCACACUCCCCUGUUAUCUCCCGUCCCUUCCAACCAACCAACCAACCAACCAACCAACCAACCAACCAACCAACCAACCAACCAACCAACCAAAACACCAACCAGUUAAGCAACCGAUCGACCGACCCACAACCCUAUCCUAAAACAACCCACCAACCAGCCCACCAACCAACCAAGCCUCCCAUUAGCCUGUGUAGCUGCAAACAUAGAGAGGAGUGGGGGACUUCUCUGGUGAGAUUGCUAGCUUUAACUCAUUAAUCAGAAUUUGUGAAUCAUGUGUUUGUAUGUGUGAGUCAGACAAUAACAAUAAGCUCCGUGUCAUCUCUACGUGGCAAUAACACGCAGACAAAGGCCUUAAAUUAUGCUAAACACCUCAGUCAGUUUCCGCAGUCCACACACAACUUUAGGACCUCGUUCGCUUGCCUCACCACACGGGCACCAGGAAAUAUUUUAGCUUAGCACCGAAGACGUGAAGGAGAACCAGUUAGCCUGGUUCUUCCUACGAAACAACAGAAAAUACCAACAACUGAAAAUUCCCUAAAUUUCCUUCAGUUCGUACAAGUCAAUUGUAUUUAAACAGUGAUUGGUCAGAACGGACUCUAAAGUUGUUCUCAAAAUAAUAUCAAUGUGUUUAUUUAAAAGAAAAAAGAAAAAAAAGAGUAAAACUCAAAAUCCUUAUACAGGGUUGGUUUGUAAUCUGUUCUGAUCUUUAGGUUUCGAUAUAACCUGAAGUCAGAAUGCACCAUGACCCAAAAUAAAAAAAAUAAAAAAAAGAAUUAAAGCAGAAGUUCAGGAUUUUUGACAUUAGGCUUAAUCUUCGAGUUAGCAGGGGUUUAGUUAGUUCAGUGCUUCUCAAUUAUUUUCUGUUACGCCCCCCCAAGGAAGACGUAAAUGUUUCACGCCCCCCCAACUCUCUGCUGCCACUGUAAAUAGUAUCAUUCGUCUAUAUUACUAUUAUAAGUACGCCUCAGCCUAACAUUGUGUCCUUUUUUUUCUAUUAAAGAAAAAAAGUAACAUAGAUCAACUUAUAAUAAAGUAUAACUUUUUUAACAUUGUGUUGCUUGUAACAGAAAAGACAACGCGCAUCAAUUUGCCUGAAGUUAAAAAAAAAAAAAAAAAAAAAAAAGUCACAUCCAAACUGUAAAAAUACACUCAAGGUACAUUUUUGACCAUUUGAUACUGAAAAAUAAAAUGUAAUAAAAUCAGUAAAUAAUAACAAAUUCAAAUUGAUUAGAAACAUUUACUCUUCAGGACAACAUGCCAAAAAAUUUGACCGAAAAAAAACAAAACUGAAUAGAAGGGGGGAAAAAGGUCUUUGGACAGAAGGAAAGUUUUUAUUUUCGCUGAUUCACCACAGUGCUCACUGGUUUACUGAUAUAACACUGACAAAGCAGGACGAUUGUGACAAUUGGCAAUAUUCGGCACGUUUUCGCUGAAAAACAAUCAAGCGGUUUAUCAAUGAGAUUGAGGUCUAAUGUCUUUAAGUGGCGUCUUAACUGAUUUGGCUUCUCCGCUAUAAUCAUUUUUAGACUCAGUAAACAGUGGUCUUUCCUCAUUUCCCACUAUAUUAAAAGUCAAAGGCAAACGGUCCGAAAAAAGCGCAUUCUCGGCGGCCGAGGGAGAACCGUAGGUGAGGGCGGUGGUCGUGACGAUCCCAAGCCGAAAACGGCACUUCUCGGCCCGACACGUGAGAACCGAAGAAGACAGUGGCUCGCUGCGUGAGUCCAGCCCUCUCCUCCUCUCGCUCUGCAUGAGUCACAAGUCUCUUCCGUGUGCUCUUGCUUACUUCAAAAAUACUGCACGCACUUUGAAAAUGAGAGCGCCACUGCCACCCACGGAGUGGAUGUGCAAGUACACUUUAUUCCAGUACGGCAAAAAAAAAAAAAAAAAAAAAGCAUGUUCCCCGAGGUCACUCGCGCCCCCCGUGGCAUCGCUCUGCGCCCCCCUGGGGGGGCGCGCCCCACCAUUUGAGAAGUACUGAGUUAGUUGGUGGAGUUGAUUUCAGUGGCUAAGCUAGCGUGAGUCAUUGGCACCAUUAUAGCAUGCCAAUAAAAAAACAACAUAUGAACACAUGAAAAUCAUCCAUGACCCAUGCAAUCAAUAGUGUUGGCUAUGUUUUCAGGAUAAAGUUAUUAAAACUUACCGUUGCAUGUCAAUAAUUGCAAUUUGAACAGCAACAUUUGUAUUCCAGAAGCUCUGCAGAGGAGCAGGGCGGAGUAAUAUCACAUCGUUUUUUUUUUUCACUGCUAAUUUUUUAUGUCGGAAGUGACCGCUUUAUAUAUUGUCGUUCUUCAUAGGGAAUUUGUGGAAACUUUUCUCUGCCCAUUUCUUCUGUAUGUUUCCACAGCCUCUAAAUGCACAUUUCGCCAUGUUGCUGGCUGUCACUUACCUCAGCAGACUGAUGCUGCAUUCGAGGAAGGUGGGAAGUCAGAGUUUACAACCUCUGAUCUGGAAAAAUAUGUUUUAAGGCCGCAACUGGUACCCUCCGAGCGGGAUAAGUCCCACUUCCCACCUUCCUCGAAUGAAGCGUGAGAACGAGUGACCGAAGCACUCCUCUUUAUUGGGGUCGUAGUUCGCAUCUAAAAAACAUAGUCCUGCAGAAUGAAAUUAAUUACGGCAAGUUUGGUGUGACAUUGUUUUGGCCACAUGGGUGUUUUGAAACGAUGAUCUUUAUUUUAAAUUUAUAAAACAAAGUUGGAUCUGUUCGUAGAUCUGCCUCGUUUUUUUAUUGGCAUGCUAUAAUGGUGCCAUUGACUUGCGCUAGCUUAGCCACUCUGGAGCCCUGAAACUAACAAAUAACUUGCAUACGAAGCGGAAUUUGUUAAAAUCAACUCCACCAACUAACUAAACCCCUGCUAACUCGAAGAUUAAGCCUAAUGUCAAAAAUCCUGAACUUGCGCUUUAAGUACGGCGGAAGACCCUGUACAUUAUAACAAUUGGUUACUGAUUGCAAGUUGUUCAAUUUCAAGUGUGGCACUAAUUGAGCUGUGCGUUCUUGUGCCACACGAACACUUAUUCUUAUACCUCAGCACAAAUGUGCUGUUUUGAACCUCAAAAUAACAGAAACGUUGUAAACUAAGGACCCACUGUAAUAGCUUGAGAUUUCAUACACAAAACUCCUCAUAGUAGAAUUUCCAAUUCACGUUUGAACGUUUUUGGAAAAGCAAGAUUUCCCUGCCGUUUUCGAAUGACAUAACGCUCAGCUAAAAAUUGGCUUAUUCUCUCCAAGCCCAACAGUUGUACUGAAAUUCAGACUAAACAAACAGAAAGAGUCACAGAGCUGUCACAGAGCAGAAAUCUUUUUUGGGUUGGGUUUCCUCACCACUACUCCACACUACUGACCACUACACUAUAACACCCUAUGGUGUGGAUGGACUACUAUGGCCUUUUCGCAACUAUUUGCUCAGUAGCGAAGCGAUGUAGCAGAGCAUGCAGGAGGAGGGUGCUUCCUCUGAGUGUUUAAAAUAACCCCCCCCCCCCCCCCCGCCACUUUUUUUUAAAAACGUGUUUACCAAACAGCAGAAUUGGCAUUACUCUGCAGCAGCUCUGUCACUUUUGUCUUUUUUGUACGCUAUUCUUGAACAUUUGCAUAAGAUGGCCAACUCGCAGUUAUCGCAACACUCAUAUUUGUAAGAAUAAUAUGACUCUUUUUCAUAAACCUCUUUGAGGUUACAAACGACAGUCAAUUUUGACAGAGGAGGCACUUCAGUUGGCCACUUCAGGCUUUGUGCUAAAAGGUCCAUCGUGUUAGGCCUUGUAAAAAAAUUGUGUGAAUGCAUAUAUAUAUAAAUAUGUACAUAUAUAUAUGUAUAGUCACCAGUGUAGUCUAUUUCUCUCAUUACAUUUUGUAUUCUAUUUUCUUAUAUGUGCUCUUUAAAAAGACAAAAAAACAAAAUUGAGUAUACAUAUAUAAAUAUAUAUGUAUAUUGUUCAUAUAGAUAUAUGUAGAUGGAUGUUUUGUGCGUACAUAUACAUACUAAUUGUUUGUAUAUGUAAUAUGCAAAACUGAGUAAGUAUAGCUGUAUACACAAAUACAAGACAACAACCUUUAGGGAGACAAUAAUGCGCAAGUGGUAUCCAAGUAUUAUUAAUUGAUUGAAUUAUCUGCAACCUCAUAACUUUUCGACAUAAAAUUUCCAUGGAAUUUUCCUACUUUCCCCGCAUUCUUGUCUGAGUAUUCUGCUUAAAUCACAGACAAUACCUGUACACCUCUUUUUAUCUGUUUUACCGCACUCUUUUUAUUUCAAAAUUAGGAAUAACCUCUUCCAGUAUAUUAGGAAAAAAAAAAUCACACCAAUUAAGAAAACAUCUUUUAAACGUUCUUGUGACUUCGUAAUUUUCAGACUAUCAGGCGCACCUGACUAUAAGGCCCUGCCCACCAAAUUUGACACAAACGGCAUUUGUUCACAGAUAAGCCGCACUACACUGUAAGCUGCAGCUAUCAUCACUGUACUAUGUAAUAUUUACACCAAAAGAUAUUAACCGGUAAACAUUUAUUGACAGUGGCAUCAGAUGACUGUCAUAAUACCAAAUGAACCAACAUGAAGCUUUAAACCAAUUGUCUGCAAAGUGUCAAGAAGGUUCAUUUGGCCAUCACUGCUCCCUUGAGGGAGACAGUCAACCUCUGCUGCCAACUGCUAUUCAUACUAUUGUCGUCCAACAUGCCUCCUAGCAUGCAUUGCAGCUCUACAGAUGUAAAUACCAAGCAAAAUUCAUGUUCUGUGCUAAUUAUUUCUGAAGUUACUGUUCCAGUUGUUUCAUUAAUUGCUAGUUAUGGUAUUUGGUAACACUUUACUUGACAAUGGCGCCAUAUGACUGUCAUAAGACCAUCAUAAUUAUGACAUGACACUGCCAGGGGUAUUAAUAAAUGCUUAUGACAGAUAUCAUUUUGUGUCGUCCAGCAAAUUAUCUCACUUCUGAAUGGAUGUAAAAGGUCCUACCUGGACAUAAAUGGAGUUAGUGACAUAAUUUGCGGGAUGACACUUAAUGACAUCCGUCAUAUGCCCAUUAUAAUGUCAUGUCAUAAUUAUGACGGUCGUAUGGCAGUCUUAUGAUGCCGCUGUCAAAUAAAGUGUUACCUUUUAACCCAAUACAUCAAAAAAAUAAGAUGCACUGGACUAUAAACCGCAGGAUUGAAAAGUAGGGGAGAAAGUAGUGGUUUAUAGUCCGAAAAUUAAGGUAAUCAAAAAAAAAAUUUUGAAAAUUGAAAAUCCUUUAAAAUUGUUCGAGUUCCCAUAGAAGAAAAAUGUGGUGAUAAUUCAGUGAUUUGAGGAACAUGCUUGCUAAAGCACAAUUAUUUGUGCUACUUUUUUCCCUCCUUUAAGUAUUACAACUCACUGUUGUAUUUCCACUAUCUCUUUCCUUAUGAAAAUCAGCCUUUUUUUCUUGUAGUUUGUUUAAUAUUUAAUUUAUUUUUAUUUUUCACUAGCUAAAACACUGCUCUUUAUCUUUUAGUAAUAUUCUUCUCAAAACGGCACAUUUUUGUCUUCAUUGUUAAUGUAACGUUGCACGUCUGAAGUUGCAGUUUUUACACACAUCAGUUUUAAUUUAAUACCGCUAUUGACAGCGCAUUAUUAUCUCUGUAAAGGCUGACGAGUGGAUGGUGUCUCCUUAGAUUGUGGAAGUCUACAUAAUGUAGUGGAGGCUGAGUGAAAGUUCUAUGUAAAAGUUGUAGAAGGGAGUAUGGGGACAGAUUCUCCUGCUGUGUUCUGUGCCUUGGUGAGCCCCACCCCCAUGCCCCAAAGUCCCCUCGCCCAGUCCCCCACUCAGGUUGCCCCUCACCCAUCCUCUCCAAACAUCAACCAAAAACACUUCCGACCAGCAGGGGGAGUGCCAAGAGAGGUCCAUGCGCCCCCAUCUCCAGGGGUCCCCAUCUCCCCUUGGCCCAACCGCACUGGUAACGCCCCGCGGCAGCUUCUAGUCAGCCCCCCCAAAACGGUCACCACUGGGGGGCUGGAACUUUUUAAGACUCGAAGCGUGUUUUAUUGAAUCUUGUUGUUUUGACUGACUUUGUGCCGGCAAGAUGAGCGAUUUUCAAGAAGAAUUGACCCGAUGGCAGCUUUGCGGCGUAGAUCGUCUCUCAUCAAACGUCCCGGCCGCAGCUCGGUUGCGACAACAGUGUUUGUUUGUUACCUUCCAUGCUGACACAGCAAUAUGACCAGCGUGCGCUUUUCUGUGAGGGAGGCCAGGGUAAUUUUUAUUUUCUUCUCUUCACAUUAUUUUGGAAGCAUUUUUUUUUUUUUUUUUUUUUUUUUUGCUUUUGAGUCUGUGGUGUGUUUUACGGUGACCAACUCUUGACGACCUCCUAUCUGCACUCUCUUCAAACACUGCAGGAGGGCCAAGAAAAAAUUGAGAAAAAAAAGGAAAUCAAAACAAAUAGAAAAAAAAAAACUUUUUUUUUUCCAUGUCAUUGACAGUUUACAUUCAUGUCGACGAUUUGAACAUGACUGUUUGUAGCGUUCUUUUUAGUCUGUUGGUUGAAAAAUGUUUGGAAGCGUAUUGCUGCUGCACACCUGAAAGGCCUGCUUUCACAUAAUGACAUGAGAAAAUUCUUGUUGUAAGACGGAAGGAAGAGUGAUCGGGGCGUCACUAGGUUUUAAGAACGGGGGGGGGGCUUUGCCCCUUGGAGUUACACAAGAUGUAAGUGAACGUAGCGUAAAAGCACAAAGCUACAGAAAAACUAACAAAGACUGAUGAUUUUAUAUAUUGAAGACCGCUCUGAGACCCUUAAUUUGGCCAACUUUCAAAAUUGUCCGAUAUGCACGUGUGAUAAUCAUUGGAAAGCUUAAAAUCUCAAUUUUCUGGGGGAAGAACAUUUUUGAACAGGAGGGAAUUUUUUUUAUUUUUUUUUUUAAUGUUUUUUAAACAGCAAAACCCUAAUUGGAGGCGAGAGCACGCGAGAGCAAAAUUAAAGACGCCACGAUUUUAACGAGAUGUUAUCGUGUACUUACCUUGUUUCGAUCCAAAAACUCCAUGUAGCGUGUAUCACCGAGUGUCAAGACACAGCUGUGAAUGGCCACAGCUGGAUUUUUUAAUUUUAUUUUAUGGGUGAAACAUGGUGAUAUAACAAGGGUCGUGAUGCAGAAAUCGCAGACAACAAGGAGUGGUUGAGAUUUUCUUUUUCAUAUAGUAACCUUUUAAACGUUAUUUUUUUCUAAAAAAAUUUGUUUGUAUCGAUUAUUUAUCAUCGAACAUAUUGGGGAAAAUGCGACAGUAACAAAAAAAAUACAAUUAAGCGAUAGUUAUGAGGUAGAUAUCCGUGACUUUUUUACAGACGCCAAAUUUUUCGUUGUGACGUAAUUCGUUUAAAAGUUAAAAAUAUGCGUCUUUUUUUUGUUGUUUGUUUUUUAAACUAAAAUUUAGACAUCAUUUAAUGAUUCUAAGCUAAAAAUGACAGACAUUUUGAAGAAUAAAUAUAAUUACUUACCUUCUUUUUAUGGCAAAUUUUAAGAUACAGCAGUUUAUUUUAAAGAGGGGUGCAAAAGCAUAAACUGCUUUUUCAGCCUUGUCUGUGUUUUCCACCAUAUAUAUAUAAUCAUAGAGGCUAAUGCCAUGACUUAAACACCCAACACAAUAAUUGUGUGUUCCCAUAUAUUUGUAAGUCGCACUGAUUACAUUUUGGGCACAUAUGUAGCAAAAAUGGCUAUAAUUUCAAACCCUGAAAAAUGCUACUAACUACUUGAAUUGAAGUAAUGUCUGGGUCAGGCUAAUUUCCCUUGCACAAACAUUUACACACAUGCACACAAACAUAUAUCCAAACAUUAUACAUACAUACAGUACAGGCCAAAAGUUUGGACACACCUCAUUCGGUGCAACACAAAUGAAGGUCUCAACCCCAUUGACAAAGCAAUAAAUUCCUCUAAUCAACCCUGAAAAGGCAUACCUGUGAAGUCAAAAACCAUUUUAGGUGGCUCCUUCUCGAAGCUCAUCAAGAGAAAUGGCAAAAGUGCGCAAAAAAGUAAUCAGAACGAAGGGUGGCCACUUUGAAGAUACUAGAAUAGUAUACGUUUGUAGUUAUUUUAACGUUUUUUGCUAUUUACAUAAUUCCACCCAUGUUCAGUCAUAGUUUCAUUACAUUCAGUGAGAAUUUACAAUGUAAACAAUCAUAAAAGUUAAGAAAACACACAAAUGAAAGGUGUGUCCAAACUUGAAUGUGUCAGCAUUUUUUUAAAGCCCCCCUAAAAUAGGCCUAAAGACGCCACUGAGUGUGUUUAAAUGGUUUGGACGUCUAUUUCCGUCCAUGGCAGAAUUAAUGAACAAUGUGUUUCCAUUUCACUGAACACUCUUGAUUUGUUAUCACGUGUUGGCAUCAUCUUGAAAGUACAGUGGUACGUUCAGGUCGUGAAAAGGAUAAUACGAUAACAAUAAACUUCACAAAAUUGCAUUAUUAGGUGAUACCAAGCCUUGUUUUGUGUGUGUGGCAGCAAUACGCAAUGAUAAAUAGCACACAAAAUGACAAUCUCUUGCACAGAACCUCCCUGUAGGAAUGAGAUGAGAGGGGCAAUGGCAUUGUGGGCCACGUGUGAGAUUAGACAAACACCACUGAGGGUUGAUUGUUUACUGAAAAUUGUUGGGGCCACGCCCAAAAAUUAAAGGAAAAAAGACAUUUGAUGUGACAUUUCCCAAAAGCAAAAAAAGAAAAAAAAAAAAGAUUAUUUUAACUAUAAAAAGUCAUGAUUUAUUUUUUUUAAACCCCCCAAAUA